AUGCCCUACCUGCUCAUCAGCACGCAGAUCCGCAUGGAGGUCGGCCCAACCAUGGUGGGAGAUGAACAUUCGGAUCCCAACCUGAUGAACUACCUGGGGGCUACAAAGAGAAACAUGUUGGGUAACCACUUCUGGGAGUACUAUGUGAAUGACGCGCCCCGGAUAGUGUUGGACAAGCUGGAGAGCUGCGGCUACCGCGUGGUCAGCAUGACAGGCGUGGGCCAGACCCUGGUGUGGUGCCUCCACAAGGAAUAGCGAGAAAGGCUUCUGCAUUCCCCCUGGGCAGAGCAUGGCGGCUGCACUGGAUGAUCUCUAGAGGUCCCUUCCAACCUCAGCCUUCCUGGGAUUCCGUGACUCUGGGAUCGUCUCUCGCGGGACCUGCGGCAAAACUUUCCCCUUGGGUAGCUCCUUUCCGGCACAGACUCCAGGCGCUCGUGCGGGUGGACGUGCGGGAAUGCUGUGGAGGCAAAACUUGGCCUAAUAGGAGCUUGCCAUCCCUGCCAUUGCACAGGGCCUUAGGGGAGGAACGCGCGUGCCAGGUCCAGAUCAAAGGUAAAUCACACACUGAGAACAGAGGGGCCUAACUAUCUCUCAUCCAAAUGGCAGCCUGGCAAAUGCUACCCUUUUACAUUUGAAUCCUUCUCUAUUUAGCACGCCUGGGAGGGAGCUCAAAUGAUAGACCUGCCCUCUCUUCCUGAGGGCAGAGAAGGAUGUGCUGAGCUGGGAGGGUUCACAGCGUGCAGCCACCCAGGCCGGGACGGGUGGCCCUGGGAGGGGAGGCCACCACCCCAGGCCCACUCUCACCUCCUGAAGCUGCAGCAGUGGCUGCUAAACCCACGCGCCGCCCUUUGAGAGCCACUUCCCUUAGCAGCAAGGCUGGCUUCUUUCCCAAAUGGAAUUGUGGUUGGUGCUGUCAGGCUUUCAGGCCCAAAACUGCCACUCAGAUACCACCUGCUUCCUGCGAUAGCCUCGGAGCAUCGCAGGGAAGUCUGGUGCACAUUUCUGGCAUGGGCUCUGUAAUCGGAACAGCAGCAGCUGCAAUGUUGGAGUGUUUGGGGCUGUGUGUAUUGACCCUGCUGUAACACUAAUAAAACAUUUA